AAAGAACCGGUAAGGCCGGGGGCGAGGCGGUAACACCCGAACGAGCAAAAACAACAUGGCCUGUCUCCGAGCGCCGCGGGCUUAUCCCAUUCACCUGUAGGAGUUACCAUAUCCAAUGAACACAAGACUUUCCGAGACAUACAGACACACUCUUUGACCCUUCUCUCUCCAUAAAUUUCAUUCAAAUCUCUUUCUAGAAGUAAAUGCGCUUCACGCUUCCCCCAUCUAAAACUCCAAAAUAACUUCUAACAACUUUUAAAAACCCUUUGAUUUCACUUCAAAUUGCUCCAGUUAGCUGGUUGUUCGACCUCCAUGUCGUAAUUUUCAAGUCUCUAUGGAUCUGAUUCCUGCCUGAACCUUGGAUUCUUUUCAGAGAAGAGGGUUUUCAGUUUGGGCCAAUUUUAAUUUGACAAAGUAUUUGGAGUUUGUCAGUCGAUGGUGAUAUGGGUUAUCAAACUUCCGACUUAGGUCCUGAUUGAAGCCGGGGAAAGAAAUUGGUACUUUUAGUGGAUAUCUUUCGCGAAAUUUGGGGAAUAUUUAGUUAUUGAUUGAAGCUAGGGUUUGUCGUAGAGGAGGAGGAAGUAUUUUAUGAAAUCUUGAAGGAAAAAUGUUCUAUUCGCAGUUUAUAUUAGCAAAAAAAGGUCCUUUAGGGACAAUAUGGAUUGCAGCACAUCUGGAGAGGAAGCUCCGCAAAAAUCAGGUUGCAGAUACUGAUAUUGGCUUCUCUGUAGACUCGAUUCUUUUCCCUGAGAUGCCAAUUGCACUCCGGUUGUCCAGCCAUCUUUUGCUUGGUGUGGUUAGGAUAUACUCAAGAAAGGUAAAUUACCUUUUUGAUGAUUGCAGUGAAGCUUUGCUUAAAGUAAAGCAAGCUUUUCGGUCAACUGCUGUUGACUUACCACCUGAAGAAUCCACUGCUCCAUAUCACUCCAUCACCUUGCCUGAGACUUUUGAUCUAGAUGAUUUUGAGCUUCCAGACAGUGAGAUUUAUCAGGGUAAUUAUGUUGAUCAUCACAUUAGUUCAAAGGAACAGAUCACACUUCAAGAUACUAUGGAUGGUGUUGUUUACUCUACGUCUAACUUUGGACUUGAUGAGAGAUUUGGUGAUGGUGAUGCCUAUGGUUUGGACCUUGAUGAGGAACUAUUGGUGGAGAAGGCUGCAUCUGCAGAAGAUGCUACUGGUACAUCGAAUUCAGAUGUUGAUCCUCAGGCAUCUGCCCAGGUUGAUGCAUUGUUCAAGUAUGAUCAUAAUCAGGAUACCCCAACUAUUCCCGAGGAUAUGCCAGCUGGCGAUAUUAUGAAUCAGCAUAUAGAUGAGUAUGAUGGAGAUAAUGAUCCAGUUGAGUAUGCACAUGCUCCAUGUACACCUGGACUAUGGGAAGAACCAAAUUUGUCCAACAUUCAAGAAACUUCUGCAUAUGAUGAUCAUCAAGAACCAGAAAAUCAUCCCAUAACAGAAUUUGCAGUGAAGGAAAAUUUAGAAAAUGACUCCAGUGAGCAACAUCAUAAUCAAUUUGAGCCACUUGAGAAAUCGCCUCCACACAUUGCAACAAUUGAACAGAUGUCACUUGAGCAAUCAACACCACAUGUUGUGACAACUGAACAGAUGUCACUUGAGCAAUCACCACCACACAAUGUGACAUCAGCAGAACAGAUGUCACUUGAGAAAUCACUACCACACAAUAUGACAACAGAACAGAUGUCGAUGUAUGAUCCUGGUUCCACACCUUUUACAGAAUCACAUAUGGUUGAGCAAGUUAGGUCAAUGUCUCCAAUAGCAGAGGUGUCUGAAACUGUUGUUUCUGUGGUUGAUGAUCCUGUCAAAGUGGUGAAUUUAGUUAAUCAAAACGCCACAUACCAGGAGCCUGAAGUUCAGACUGUAGAUGAUAACUGUGAAAACCAUGUAGAAGAACAUCAAGGCAUGUCAAACAAUAUUACUCAUGUAGUCAAUCAUGAGAAUGCAUUCCACCCUACCAUGGAAUUGGAAUCAAACACCGAACCCUCUGAUGAACAACACACCCUUAUGACUCCCCAAGAUCAGGCCUUUAUGCAGCCUAAAGAUUCCACAAUUCCAGUUCAGUCAACUCAUGACAACAUGCCGAGUUUUGACUUUAUGGGUCUUAGGCCAUGUGUCACUCUUUCAAAUCAUGCUAGUUCUCCUCCACCAUCUGAAUUUACUUCCCUGCCUUUGCCCUUGCCCUCAGUUGAAACAUCUAGGAGGGAGGAACAUGAACAGGAACAUCCCAGUGGUUAUGGAGCUCCAAUUUUGGUGCAAGGGGAAGUAGUGCCACAUGCAAAUGCAAGUGAACCAUUGGAAAGAAACUUGCAGGAAGCAUAUAAUGCUGAAGUUGGUCCAAGUAAUGCAGUAGUCCAGGUGGCAUCUAGCAUACUACCAAACAGACAGGUGGACAAUGUAAUUGAAAGAGAUGUUCAGGUUUAUAACACCAACAGCUACACAUCAAACUUCCACCCCCCUGAGAGAGUGCUCUCUUUUUCACAAGGGCAUGAUAUAAUAGAGGUAGCAGAAAGAGAAAGUAGUACACCCAUACAUCAAAGCACAUUCACAUCUAGCAUUAGCGUAUCAAACAGACAGGUGGACAGUGUAAAUGAAAGACAGGUUCUUGUAAAUAACAGCAACAGCUACACAUCCAACUUCCCUGCCCCUGAGAAACUGCUCUCUUUUUCACAAGAUUUACCCAACAACAUGAACAUGAACAUGCUACCAGAAACCACACCCAUCAUAGCACCACCAGGUUAUGGAGGUGAUGCUGGAACCAAUAAUAGUUUUUACACCACAAAUACCACGAAAGAAUCUUUUCGGGAUGAUGAUUUGUUGUCAUCGAUAUUAGUGGGAAGAAACACUUCAAUAUUAAAAAUGAAGACCACUCCUACUCCUACUCCUGCUCCUCCCACCGAGGCACCAUCUACAAAAAGAAGGCGGCAAUCUGCACCCAAGACUGCAGGAGCACCACCCAAAAGUGGGUUUUCAAAAAGGAAGGUGCUCAUGGAUGAUAACAUGGUUUUGCAUGGCGACACAAUACGUCAGCAAUUGACAAACACAGAAGACAUUCGGAGAUUAAGAAAGAAAGCUCCUUGCACUCAUGCUGAAAUUUCAAUGAUUGAGAAACAGUUCUGGGAAGAUGAACUUUUUGGAAGAUCCAUAAUUACGGGAAUGUCAAUCAAAUUGACUUCUUUGCAGCGUCAAUUGUAUGAUAUAAGUAAAAUUGUUGUCUCCCAAUAUGAUAAUGCUUCUUUAGAAGGUGUAACACACCAAAAAUCAAUUUCCCAAAAUCAUGAAAAGGACACACAACCGGAAAUGGUGACUGAAAACAGGGUUGUCUCUGUUGAUUUAGAUGUUCCUAAAGCAAACAAAGAUCAUGAUGAUGAUAACUUUGAUCCUGUUCCCAUGGUAAUAGAUGUUUCUGAAGAAGCACAACCAGUCGAUGUUCCCAAAGAAGACAGAGAUGAGGAUAACUUUGAUCCUGUUGUUAUGAAAGAUAAAGAUGUUUCUGAAUCACAGCCAAUUGAUGUUCCUAAAGAAAAUAGAGAUGAAGAUAACUUUGAUUCUGAAUCACAACCAAUCGAUGUUCCUAAAGAAAACAGAGAGGAGGAUAGCUUUGAUCCUGUUGUUAAGGAAGAUAAAGAUGUUUCUGAAGCACAACCAAUUGACAACAACACACAUGAUAUUGAUAGCAAUAUCAGAAAUUUAGAUUAUUAUGAGAAUCAAGAACAGAUGCAUACAACUGGUGAUUUUACCGAACUCUUUGGUCCAGAACAUGAUAUUUUGGAGCAUGCUACUGCAAUGGAGAUCGAUGGCAAUAGCUUUCAAGAUGCUGAUGUUGGAGUUUCUGUUAUGCAUACCGAAGUUGAAUCUGAAUCACUGACACAUACUGAUGUGGCCCCAAGUGAUACGAAUGACACGUCAGCAGCAUUAGCACCGGUUGAGGUUGAAAAGAGCAGCCAGAUGGUUGCUUCUCUGCUAAUGGGCCCACCACCAGGUUUUGGUACAUAUGAAAGAAUAGAUGUACAGUCUGCUGCUGCUGUGGUGGAUAUAAAUAUUAAUCAUUCUACUGAAAGCAAUGUUGCUUCUGAAAGAAAGGUUGAUGAUGAGUCAGUAAGAGAAGAAAUACAAGAAGUUGUUUUAGAUGCUUCCACUACAUUCUCCUCUGAGACAGAUGGCUUAAAAUCACACAUUGACAUUGAUACCCUUGAUCACGACACUGAAAUCAGGAACAAUGAGGAAGAGAUUGUAAACAACAACUUGGUCUCCAAUGGUGAUGUCUUUAGUGAAGCAGUUGCAGCAUAUGAUGCUGUAGACAAUCACGUCUUGGAAGACAUUUUAUUGGAUGAAAGAGAAAAGCCAGGUCAUGAUGUUGCUACUACUAUUCCAGCCACUUCAUUGAAUCUAGAAGACAACAGGGUUGAUGCUGAUGCUGAUGAUGAUUAUAUGCAUUCUGGAGUUGCAAAUGAUACAGAUUUUCUGAAUUUUGAUGAUGUGGAUGAUGACGAGGCUGGAGAAGCUGCUGAUGAUUACAUGCCUGAUGGGGAAGAAACAAAGAUGCUUGACAACACUGGAUGGUCUUCGCGUACAAGGGCUGUUGCAAAAUACCUCCAGAUUAUGUUUGACAAGGAGGGAGAGCGUGGAAGGAAUUUGCUUGGUGUGAACAACCUGCUAGCUGGAAAAACACGCAGGGAAGCUUCUAGAAUGUUCUUUGAAACACUGGUUUUGAAGACAAAGGAUUACAUCCAUGUGGAACAGACGGAUGCGUUUGAAAACAUAAAUGUAUUUCCACGUUCCAAGCUUUUGAAAUCAGAGUUUUAAAGGAGGAGGAGAGGAGAAGUUGAUUGUGGUUACUUAGAUCUUUUGUUUAUGGUCUCAAGAGAGUAAAUUAAUUAGUUAUGAUGUUGUUUUGGUAGUUAUAACAUGGACUGGAGUUGAAUAGAUGAAUCAUGUAGCAAACACACACAUUUAAUGGUUGUUAGAGGUUGUCAUGUAAUGUUGUACGUAUGGAUCAUGCAUAUUUAUUUGUAAAUAAGCACAUAGAGUUAAUCCAUGCUAAUUUACUCAUACUAUUGCUCUCCUCUUUUGGUUUUGCUUGUGUUUGCCAUUUUUAAUCUUUCUCAUCCACCUAUUAAUUUUUAUUCAUCCGAUUAUGGUGUUACAAAUUCGUAAGGUGCGUUUCACAUCAUAUAUAACAUGGGUCUGUAUUUUGCUUUUAAAAAAAAAAAGUAAAAGUUAG